CCUACUUUCAACCGGGCCUACGUAGUAUCAGAGUGUCAGCUGAUAGCAGCCAGUGCAGCCGAGUCAUUAUGAAUAUGAACUAUUUGAACCACCUUCAUCAGAAGUAAUCGACCGCAACCAGAUACUCAACUCUCCAAGCAGACAAUGCACCACACCAUAUCGACGCUCAAUUUCAAUCAGACGCCGAUCAUGGGUUUCGCCGAUCCCAAUAACAACAGUUCCGUCGGAACCAUUAGCGGAAGUGACGACGCUGCCAAGAAGGACGAAAAGUACUCGCUACGGCAGCGACAAACUCGCCGCGCAACUCCUGCCGCCAAGGCCGAAAAGAAAACGGUUCCUAAGGAGAAGCCCAAGCAAAAAGCUCCCCCUCUAAGCAAGUACCGCCGGAAAACGGCCAACGCCCGGGAGCGAACGCGAAUGCGAGAGAUCAACAGUGCGUUCGAAAAUCUUCGGAAGGCGGUCCCCAUAGCGGUGGCCGGCAGCAGCGGGGCCAGUUCCCCGGUAAGCUCUCCCGGAGGAGGCGGAGGCAACAGCUCCAGCGAAAAGCUGACCAAGAUAACCACCCUUCGGAUGGCCAUGAAGUACAUCCGGAUACUGAGCGAAAUCUUGAACAACCCCGAUGGUCACCUGGCGAUAGAUAACAACAACGACCUAGAUAUGGUCAACCAUAACGAAAUCGAGCGGGAAGUGAUGCUGAAGGGAAUGCUUCUCAACGAAGCCAUGUUCAAGCCUAUGCUAAGUCCGCAACCGACGAAGCCCGCGGAGAAGAGUCCCAGCAGGAAAACAAACUCCGCUUCCAAGAAGAAACCCAAAAAGUCCAACUCCAAGUCCAGCCCAGCUAAGCGAACCACCACCACCCGUUCCAAGCAAACCACGAGCAAGGUUGAGGACAAGGCUCCCAGUUUAUACCACAGGGACGAACUGGUAGACCUGGGCAUGAUGCUCGACUCGGACAACGAUUCGCUGAACCUUUCGGAACCCUGCCUCAGCCCGCUGCAGUCGGGCAACGGGCUCAAGCAGACCUUCAACAGCUGCAACACCACCUCGGCGAAUGAUUUGGAGUUCGGUCUGUUCCUCGAGUCGGAUGCCGAUUCGCUGCAGCUUUCGGAGCCCUGCCUUAGCCCGUUGAGCCAUCUGGAUUCGCUGAACCCGUUCAACGACCUGCUGCAUACGGGCUUCAACGAGCAAACGGCCCUGGAGCUGUACUUAUAACAUUCGGCCGGAGGGCGUAGCAGGUAGAGUGUGUACGUGCGGCAGCAAUCAGUGAUAGAGACGAAAUGACAAUUCCUCCUAGAUUUUAGAUAGGUUUCGUACUAGGUGUAAGUCGAUCGGUAGUACUAGAGAAUUCAAUGAUCCUGUUAUUUAUUCUCGAUGUGUCAUAUUAGCUAAGGAAAUCUGCAAACGAUUGUACUUAUAGUAACGUAGGAUUGCGAAGGCAUUAACGGCUAGGACGAAGGUGAACGAUGAAAUAGCCAGAUAGCGAAAUAGAUUGCCAGUCGAUAACAAUCGCCAUAGAAAUAGUGUGUAGCAUGCUGAUAUGGUAGCGCUUCGAAUCAAUGCCCGGAUCGUGCUCUAUGUUUGGUCAGCUAAAGUUUUUCUGUUUUGUGACUACCUAAUAUCAAGCGUUAAGCCUCUCCAAUUGGAAUUAGGUCAUCUCAAUUGAGCCCUGGUGGUUUGGCACAACACUAUUGACGUAGAUUGCAAGUUGUACAUAUUUGAGGGCAUUUUUGAUCAGCAGAUGGCGGUAGUGUUGAACG